AUGAUGAUUCAUAAGGCUAAAGAGGACCUGCUAAUAGAUUUUGCUAAUACUGUUUCCCACAAGGUUGGUUUUUCCUUCAAUAAACCUAUUUUGAGCACUAUCAAACGCUCUAUAAGCAAUAAAGAGCUUUUAUUGCGUCUUACAGAACUUCAUGAAAAGUUGUCGGUUUUGGAAGAUGAGGAGAUAGAGGUUGAGUCUCUUAGAUCUAUAGCGAAUGAUCUUGCCGACAAGAAACUACUCAAUCACUCAAGUAUAGGAGUUCAAGCUUUUGUUUGCUGCUGCAUAUCUGAUAUCCUCAGACUCUUUGCACCAAAUGCUCCAUAUUCAGACGACCAGCUUUCCAGCAUAUUCAAAGCAUUCUUUAAGCAAUUUUCAAGAAUCGCAGCUACCCAAUCGUCAAGAUCCGAAAAACCACAGUUUUACUUGCAAUAUGUCUACUUGUUGAAACGAAUAGCUGAGACUAAAACAACUAUUUUAAUCAUUGAUCUUCCAGAUUCACUGAAAUUGAUCCAACUAUUUUUUGAAACUUUUUACACAGUUGCAACUAAGGAUUCUUUCCCGCAAGAACUAGAAACAAUUGUUGCAGAUAUCUUGGCUGAAAUGAUCUCAGAAGCUGAAGUCAUCCCCCACGAUAUUAUUAAACUUAUUCUUGGUAGAUUUUCAGCACACGAGUCACAAACAAACCUACUCUUGAGCAAAAUCACAACACCAGAAUUCAACUUUUCAUUAUCGAUUUGUGAAAAUAAUGUUGAUAGAAUGUCGCGUUCUGUUGCUCAGUAUUUUUCGGAAAUCUUGUAUAGAAAUUCAAAUAUCUUGGAACAGGCAGAUGCAGAAGAAGAAGAGGAGGAGGAGGAGGAGGAUGAGAAAAAGGCGGUGGUGAGUGAGGAAUCAAAAAGGCAAAAAAAGAGGACUUUGCUAGAUGCCAUGGAUGUAUUGGAAAGAAUCCACCAUUUGUCUGUACAAAUAUGGAGGUUUGUUCCCUCCAUAAUGUCUUCAGUAAUGGCUCUAGUGGAAGAUGAAUUGAACGCCAGCGAGGAAAAAGUAAGGGCAUUAGCUACCAGAACAAUUGGGGAAAUGUUGGGCUCCUCAACCUUAAGCUCGACUGUGCCUUUGCUCAAGGUGAAUUUUUUUAUUGUACACCAGUCAACCUGGACAACUUGGUUAAAGAAGCCACUGGAUAUUUCCAGUAUAGUACGAAGUCUGUGGGUGGCCCAAUUACCGGAAAUUUUCAUGCACAACCAAUUUCUUACAUCUGAAAUCGACCAGCAACUUGUAACAGAGUUGAAAAAGUGUCUUGUUGAUACUGACUAUAAAGUAAGGGAGAUGGCAUGCUCUUCAUUAGCAAGAAUCACUUUCAAAGUAUUUGCGUCAAAGGUGUUGAACAAGGAUAUAAUGACCACACUUUACCAACUAAUGCGAGAAAAACACAAAACAAUUAGAUCAAUUGCUAUUAAUGCAUUGGGAUCCAUUUACCAAAGCUACGUGGAUGCUCAAAUUGCCUCGAAUUUCCAAUUAGAUUCUGAACAAGAGCAAUUGAUUUUUGUUAUUCCCAAACAAAUUCUAUCACUCGUUUAUAUCAAUGAUAAGAACAUAAAUGCAAUGGUUGAUUUGUCGUUGUUUGAGAAGUUGGCUCCUAUAACUGAGUCAAAUGCGGUUAAAAGGGUUCAAAAAUUAGUCCGCUUAUAUUCUGUACUCGAUAAGAAAGGAAAAGAUGCAUUUGCUGCUAUCAAUACCAGACAACGCAAGGUGGGACCUAUCAUCAGUAAUUUGAUGGAAAUCUCUGACGAGUGCGCAAAGGGCAAUUCCAUUCAAGAUAAGGAAAACAAACCAUCCGGUGAAGAUGUAAAAGCGAACUUGUUGAAAAUAGACAAAAUAUUGAACUGGAUCUGUGUUUCAUUCCCAGAUGACCACAAUGCCUACGCAUGCUUGGAACGUUUAAUCAAAUUAAAUAGAGCGAGGUUCUAUUAUCUUAUCAAAACCUGUGUCACUUCUGAGUCUGAUAUCAAAACAAUCAACAGUGCCCUUACAGAGCUUUUAACAAAGUUAUCAGAAACAAAAAAUAUCAAAUUAGACGACGGGUUUGGAACAAGACUGAGUGUGACUACAGCAGAUAUGGUUUACAAUGUGAAGUUACUAUUAUUGAGAGGAUCACCCUUGCUUUACAACAGAUCCAAUGUUGAACAACUUAUAGAGGUUUCCAAGUCAACGGAACAACAACAACAACAACAACAACAACAACAACAACAACAACAACAUCUCAACACUACAGCAAAGGAGAUUCUUGAACAAAUUUCUAAUAUUAAUCCAAAUGUGUUUCAGUCCCAUGUGCGUACGCUCACUGAAUUAUGUAACGAGAAAACCGAGACAGACAAGACUGGUCCUCUAAAAACAAUUUAUCACUUUGUUAAGAAAUUCCCUGAUGCUUUCCCAUCUGACAUUUCAUUUACUGAAACAUUGAAAAAAUUGGCAGUAAAUGGCACGCCUGAAGAAGCCAAGUAUUCAAUGAAGUUGAUUGGUAAAAGUGAAAGAAAAGAGCUUUGUUGCGCUGCAGUUGUAGAGAAAAUUUAUCCAUUGGAUAUUAGCAAUGACAAAUUUGCAACCCAUUUGAGUUCCAUUGUUGAAUUGUUUGUGGUUGAUAAAUUUUCAGUAAUGGAUAAAGAAGCCGAAAUUACUCCGUAUAUUAUCAAAAACGUUUUGCUUGAGAACUCCAAGUAUGACAAUGCCUCCAAUUUCAAAGUUUUGGCAGUAAGGAUGUUUACCAAUAUUCUCAAGUCUACCGCUGCUGCCAAUGAUGUAGAGGCUGCCAAGGAAAAGGCGGGUCCUGUUUUAAAGUUGCUAAUCUCCAUUAUUGGUAAUAAAGGUGAAAUUGUAAAUAAAACGAAUCCAACAUGGCCAACACCAGAGGAAUAUAAGCAAAAACUUCGUUUAACUGCUGGAGAGUAUCUAUUGAAAUUGGCAAAGAUUCCAGUGUACAAUGAAAUAAUCUUAUCGCCAACUAUGCGAAAACUAUGCUUUCUUGUGAAUGACGAAGAAUUGAGUAUUAGAAGAACUUUCUCUGUAAAAUUGAGGGAGAACUUAGCUAAUGAAGCUAUUAGUGAGAAGUACCUUUCUCUAGUCUUUUUCAGUGCUGCUGAAACAGAUUUAGAAUUAAAGAGUGACACGACAAUGUGGAUUAAUUCAAUGUUCCGACGUUGUGAAUUGAAAAAGAGUUUGAAGUUUGAGAAAUCACUUGUUCGAUUGAUACACAAUUUGGCGCAUCAUGAGGUGUUUGAGCUAAUCAUACGUGGGAAUCAAAAAGAAAAAGAAGAAGAAAAAGAAGAAGAAGAAAAGAUAGAGGAAACUGAAACUACUAGACUUCUAAAUGCUUAUAUUUUUGCUUCCUCCUUUCUUAUCUACUUUGUUAAACUAAUUGCGAAAGCGGAAAACAUUUCAUUACUUUAUUAUUUGGCAAGCCGAGUGAAACAGCAUAGGGAUGCUGCAAUAGCUUCUUCCCAAUACGAGAAGGAAACAUUAUCUGAAGAAACUUUGCAAAUUUAUAGAAUUGCUGAGUUGGCGCAGUUGAUCUUAAAGACAUACAGCGACUACAAAAACUGGUCAAUCCAAACUUGGUCAGAAAAGAUUAAGUUACCACACGAGCUAUAUGUUCCAGUAGCAACUUCUCAUGAAGCACAAAAUAUUGUGUCACAUAUAUUUAUUGCAGAGAAUAUUCAAGUACCUUUGGUUGCCCAUACAAAGAAAUUGAUUACUGAUCACAAGAGAAAACGUGAUGAUACUGUAGUGCUGAAACGGCUGAAGGAGAAUGGCGCCGAUAGUACCAAAAGGUCAAAGUCAAGGCGCCCUAGACAUAAGAAGAGAAAAAUACAUCUGGAUGUAAUCGAGUCAACGAUUGAACGGAGAAGAAGCAGUAGAGUGGUCACAAAAGUUGACUACAAAGAUCAACUUUCAUCAUCUGCGGACGAGGAGGAGUCAUCGGAGGAAGAGAGCGAUUUUUAG